AUGGCUGAUGAAAAGUAUAUCAUAGUAACGGGCUUUCCCGGACGGAUUACGGGGUCAGCAAUAGUCAGAAAGCUCUCGUGGAUAGUUAGAGGACAUUUUGAGAUUGUUGCAAUGCAACCAGCUCCAAAGGGCCUCAAGAAAUGUUUUAUUAAGUUGUCCCCGCGGCUGAACCUACAGAAUGUUAUUAAGAAAAUUAACGAUGCCAGUUUUGGUCAUUACAAAUUGUUGGUGACUCCUUGCAAUGAGCCUAUACCAGAACAGAAGAGAAAGAAACCUAGGGUUUUGCCAGACCUUCUACGCAAGAAAAUGCAGAUUCCAAUCGAACUAUCACCAAAAGAGGUUAUUAUUAAUGUUCACAAUGAGAUGGUGCGGGAGUUAGAAUAUAAGUAUACUGGACUGUUUAAUUUGAGCAAGAAGACCGAUCAUAAACUCAUGGAAAAUUUAUGCAUUGUAAUAGCGGAGAGAUUAAAAAAAUUAGCGUCGUCUUUUAAAAGGAUGGAUUCUCCGUUUCAUUUGAGUUUAGCGUACAGAAAGGCGUAUCCGCACUUCGGGGACUUCCAAUUACUGUUGGCGACGUUACACGGGAUCGAAGAUGCGGAAGCGUUGCCGCGAUCGCAAAUUAACGAGAAAGAACUCAUGUCUACUGUGAAUCAGCAAUUUUUGAUCGGCAACGUUCCGGUAGAAAAGGCACAAGAAACUUGCAGAAAGUAUUCCGCUCGUAUUGUGAAGAAGGUAGUCGAGCAUAUAAAUAAAUUGAAGACUGAAGUUGAAGAUCCGGAAAAUCCCGAAGUGGGAGUGGCUAAAACAAAAGUAAGGCAACAGCUGAAGAGGCUUGAACAAUUUUUGCCCGAUAUAGUCAAUGAAGUUGUAAACAAACACUUUUUACCUAAAUUACCUAUGUAUCAGAGGGUCCGGAUUUACGGCGAGCCAUACAUGCCGAAUCGUGCUAUUACCGAACCAUUAUUCAAGAGUUUCUUUAUCAAGAGAUUCGCAAGAUCUGAGAAAAUGUUUAAUAUGCUUUCGUGUGUAGUGCCGAGACAAAACUAUAACAAAUUGUUAGCUAAGGAUAACAUUUCUUUGGCUGAUUGUAAACUGGUGAUACGCGGAGAAGAUAUUGAGAAGUACUCAAUUCCGGAGGAAAUAAAACAAGAUCUAGCUCAAAGCCUGGAUCAGGGUGGAGCAGACGUUGAAAUGGUCGAAACGUGGGAGGAAUGGUAG